AAAUGGCGGCGGGCCGGGGAGCGCCCCUGACAGGAAAGCGGCUCCCUUGAGCGGCCCGAGGAAAGGCUGUCCCCGCCUUCCCUGGCCUGGCAGGGCGGAGCCUGGCGGAGACGGCCGGGCCGAGCGAUGGCGGAGGCGGCGCUGGACGCCCUGGCGGCGCGGCUGGGCCAGGCCGCGGCGCCCUCGGUCGGCCUGGAGACGGCGCGGCAGCUGGCGGAGCUCUUGCGGGAGGCGGGCCACAGAGAAAAAGCAAAAGAGAACGUGUUCCAAAAUCUCCUGAAAAUUUUGAGGAAAGCAACAAGUGAAGUUGAUGUAGCCUGCAAGGAUGCCAGCGCGCUGGCUCAUCUGGACUGCCAUUUACUGCUGCUCUCUGAAUGCUUCCGAUGCCUACGGAAUGCCUGUGUUCAGUGUCCCAAUAAUCAGAACGUUAUGAGGAACUUGGGUCUGAUUGAUGUGUCUUGCCACCUGAUUGAGUUGCUUCAGAAAUUAGAAACUGACUUGGAGUCGUCAUUGACAGCUUUUCGGUGUAGCCUCCAGUUUCUUGGAAAUAUCGCAACAGGAAACAGAGAUUCCCAGGAGAGGAUCUGGAAGCUUGCGUUGCCUUUUCUUUUUUUGAAUUGCUUAAAUCAUCAAGAUGAGAAAAUUGUUGACCACUGCUGUAUGAUUCUUUUCACUUGCCUUAAUCCUGAGAGAACAAGAGAGCUACAGAAAGAAAACAAUUUGAACAUUGCUCUUGCAGUUCUGCAAGCCUGCAGAAGGUACCCGGAAAUGGAAUGGAUGUUCUUGAUUGUUACCAACCAUUUACUGAAGUGCCCAGAGUUGGUCAGAGCUUUGUAUGCCAAACUGAGCAAUCAAGAAAGGACUAUGUUAUUAGAGUUGCUAUUAUCAGAAAAAAGUGACAAGGAUUCAGCUGUUUGCAAGGAGAUGGGCACAUUUCUUGCAAGUUGUUUCCAGGAGAAAUGCCAUUCCGUGCUCAGAUUGGCUUCUGCAGCAAAUAAUGAAGAUGAGGAAGCCCUGCUUAUGCUUCGGCUUCUUGAUGCUCUUUGUGAAAUGACAUCUAAUGAUGGACAAGUAGAACAUCUGCAAACUUGCCCUGAUUUGCUUGAGACAGCUGUCAGUACUUUGCAGCUUGUCCAUCUUUCUGGGAAGCAAACCACAAAUGUUUUCACUGCUACUCAUUCUGCAACAGGGCAAGAGCAAAUCUGUCACCCAGCUGUGGGUUUGAAAUCGCAUCUGAUUCGUUUGAUUGCAAACUUGUGUUACAAAAAUAAAGCUAAUCAAGACAAGGUUUAUGAGUUGGAUGGCAUCCCACUGAUCCUGGACAACUGCAGCAUUGAUGACAAUAAUCCCUUUAUAAGCCAGUGGUCAAUGUAUGCGAUCCACAAUCUCACUGAACAGAAUGAAAGAAAUCAAGAGCUUAUUUCCCAGUUGGAGCAGCGUGGACUGGCUGGUAGUUCCAUCCUUGAGAACAUGGGACUGAAAGUCGAGAAGCAAGAUAAAAAGUUAAUUCUGAGAUCUGCUGGAAAGAUGCCAGAUCUCUGAGUAACCAAAAUUUAACUUUUUCACCUGCUACAAACAUUCUUUUGUGAAGUUUUCAGCAAGCUGAUUAGAAUUAUUUUCCUCAAAGAAUAAAAGUGCCAAAGAUUAAAUCAUUGCUAAACCCUUUAUAAACUAAAUAAACUGUAAUUAUGAGUUAA